UGUCGCAAACCCCGCGCCUCUCUGCCCCCGCCCGGCGCGCUGCCGCAAAGCGCGGCCGGGAAGAUGGCGGCGCGCUGGGCGCUGGGCGCGGGCGGUUCCUGGGCACGGGGUCUGCUCAGCUGGGCGCGGCCGGAGAGGUGGCUGCCAUCCUGUAGCCUUUUCCCUCUGUCAUGCAUCCACACAAGCACAUCUCUGCAGAAGACUGGGAAGUGGGAGAAAAAGAACAGGGUUGUUUACCCUCCACAGCUGCCUGGAGAACCCCGCAGACCAGCUGUAAUAUAUCACUGUCGGAGAGACAUAAAAUACAGCAAAGAUAAGAUGUGGUAUCUGGCAAAACUGAUAAAAGGAAUGACCAUUGAUCAGGCUCUUGCUCAGCUGGAAUUUAGUGACAAAAAGGGAGCAAAAGUGAUCAAAGAGGUUCUGUUGGAAGCACAGGACUUGGCCGUAAGAAAGCACAACGUGGAAUUCAAAUCGAAUUUACAUAUAGCCGAGUCCUUGACGGGCAGAGGCCGCUACGUGAAGCACAUUCGUUACCAUGCCAAGGGCAUGUUUGCCUUCAUGAAAAUCAACAGGUGCCACUACUUUGUGAAGCUGAUGGAAGGUCCUCCUCCCCCUCCAGAGCCACCAAGGACUGGCUUUGACCAGGCAAAAGAAUAUGUGCAGCAGCUGCGAAACAGAACCCUUGUUCAUACGCUCUGACAGACUGUUGUGACUGGAUAGGUAUCUCUUGUUUGACAAUGUAAUUGUAUAAAAGAGUAAUUAAAAUAAUGCUUUAGUUAUAUCUUUGGUGCUGCUGGAGCUGGAUGAUGUGAGAAUGAUCAUAGGGUUUUUUCUUAUUUGUCAAGCCAUAGCCAUGGAAAAAUCUUGGAGCAGCAGAUGUUAUUUGCAACACAGCAUUCAGACUCGACCCUGGACUAUCAAAUCUAGAACAUACCAUGCUGUUAUAAAGCUUGUAAUGAACUGAAGUUCACACAGGUGUCUCUGUUAUGUAUGGUGGGGGCUUUGAUGGUAAAAAUAUGUGCUUGACAGUCAAAUUGCAAGAUCAGACUUGGACUAAAAGUACUAAAAUUUCUUAAAGUAGCUACAGCAUUGGAACAAAAAAAGCAACAAUAAUAUUUAAGAAUACAGACAUCGAUUUAUGGUUUA